UCUGGCAUCGAUUCCUCGGCCUGUUGCUGGACAGGCUGCAUGACAGGCUACUACCCCCGCCCAGUCUCUCCCAGUGCCACCUUUCAUCUUCCAGAAGAGCUGGUUGAACGGCUAACGUGACGUUACACCCGCAGUUUUGCUAGCAAAGCAGGGAUACAAUACAGCUAUGUCCGAGGAGGUUGACGGAACGAGGACUUCGGAGGAACAGCAGGAAAUGGAGGACAAAGUAAUCAGUCCAGAGAAAGCGGAGGAGGCCAAACUGAAGGCCAGGUAUCCUAACCUGGGAGCCAAGCCUGGCGGUUCAGACUUACUCAGGAAAAGACUUCAGAAGGGGCCAAAGUAUUUUGACUCUGGUGACUACAACAUGGCCAAGGCCAAAAUGAAGAAUAAACAGUUGCCAUCAGCCCCAACGGAGAAGACUGAGAUCACUGGGGGGCACAUCCCAACACCUCAGGACCUGCCUCAAAGAAAGACUUCAAUCGUGGCCAGCAAACUGGCUGGUUGAUGGUUUUAUGUUUACUGUUUUGUUUUCAUUCCAACCCCCACUUCAUAUCUACCUGCCGUUUACAUUUUUGUUUAUUUAUCCCUUUAAAUGUAUUCUCUAUGAAACAAGUUAUGUAUCAAGCCAAAUUCUUGAGAACAAUUGGCAACUGUCAGGCACUGAAUUGCCAUUUAGUUAAAUCCAACAAAAAAUGGUAGCUGAACAUGUUUCUCAAGAUCCUAAAAGACUAGUCAUUGAUUAUACAAUUAUUAUAUGUGAAUGGAAGUUAAUGCUAUCUUAUGCUCACAUAACAUUUUCACUUUUAAGGAUAUAUGCCUCCAUACAAAUCGCCUGUCUAACAGCAGCUGAAGAGCAUGUGCAGAGGAAUCAUGUUCCACCAUGUUGCUGAUAAUUGCAGAUUCAAAAAUGGAGUUAUGACUACAGACAGUUUGCAUUGAUGUAUGUGUGAAGUAGAAGUGUAAUUUACAGAUUUGCCUUUCAGUUUGGAGGCAUGUCUGUUUAAAUAGUGAAAAGUGACAUAAUCCUUGUUUUUGUUUUCUAAUCCUUAAUUGUGUCCUUUCCUCACUCUGUGAAGCUGUUUGAUUCUGUACUUUUAAAGUACUGCAGAUUAGAUCACACACACACACACACACUUUGUAGGCAGUUGUAUUUUAAUUCAUUUUAGUGACAUUGGUUUGCAAGGACUUGCUGCUGGUCUCCAUGUCAUCCUGACCUCUAAAAUGGCCUUAAAAGUAAUGAAACGUUGUUCCUCUUGAGCAAUAUUUGCUCCCUCAGUAAGAAUCUUAGUUAUAAAUUGCCUGAAAUGUCUGUCACUGUCUGACUGAAAUCACUUAAGAUUUUAUGGAAAGAAACUCCCAUGACCUGUCUGGAGUGUGCAUGUGCAUUUACUGUGCAGUUGCACUGUGCCAUUUGUUUGUAAAUAAAAUAGUUUUGCAUAAUAUCUUAUAAGUACACUUA